GGGCAUACUUCCUCUUCGUUCGCAGGGAAAACGAAGAUGUUCGAGAUGAUGGAGGACGUCGGUAGACAAAUGCAGUCUUCUUCUCUUAUUUUUGGUGAUAUAGCUACAAAAAGUCCAGACUCAAUUAAUGCUAUAUCUCCUGUAUCCGUAUCAUCACCCGAUCAUGACAGAGUCAUUAAUGAUACUUUCUAUCUUAUGAAGAAAUUACCAGAGCCAGCUGAAGUGACAGGGGAAACAAAUCUAAUCAACCACUACACACUUGAACGAACUUACCAGAAAUUUUCCAGUAAAAAAGUAAAAGAACAACUGAGCACUUUCCUGCCAUAUAUACCUGGGAACAUCGAUAUUGCUGGAACACAAGACAGCAGUAGUCUUCAACAGUUGGUUGACAAACCACCAAUCAGAGGCAAGGAAAUUGUUCCAUUAAACAAUAGUGCGUUGGCAAGCUUCAAAUUGCAUCCCGGAUCGAUACCUGAUCAGUAUAAGUUGUUACAUCACCAGGCUCCAAAGAAACACAAACAUAAAAGAUGCAAAAGGGAACACAAGCCAUUGGAACCUGGGCAAGUGUUUACACAAGGGGAGGUACAAAAUGAUGGAAAUGAGCCAAAGAAGAAGAAAGUGAAGAAACAUGAAGAUCCAGAAAGGAAGAAAAAGAAAAAGGAAAAGAAGAAAAAGAAGAGCAAGCACAGUCCAGAUCAUACAGGAGUAGGAGCUGUGCAUGAAGCUACUGGACCAGGCAGGCCGUGAGCGCCCUCUAUUGCCAAGAACAUAGUGUAUAUAAUGUAUAAUCAUGUUUCAAAUUAUAUUCAAGUGAAGUAUAAACAGCUGGUAUUUUUCAUUUCAAAAUUUAUUCACUUAAAUUACAUGUAUAAUAACAUGAUUUCCAUCAGAUAUUAACUCACAAACCAAUCAAUGGUUAUUUUCUUUUAUU